CACCUCAUACCUAAUCACAAACCUUGCUUAGAAUUGUGAUAGGUAUGGAUAAGUUAUAAUUUAUUAUCUCCUCAAAGUUGGCGCGCAAAAUUUUUUCUAAUGCACAUUGAAUAAAUUGUGCAGAUGAGAAAUUGGAGGUGAAGUUUUCGAUGAAAAUAUAUUGCGUGCAUGCUUACUCAAGAUGGCUACUAUACAUGCGCUCUCUCUAUUUUCCGAGAGAUAGACAUUUAUAAACUUCCGAUAAAAAAUACUUCAUUCAAAAUUAAAUGACAAGUAAUUGGUGUUUUUCUGUUAUCAAGAAUUGUUUUCAAGACAGCAAGUGAAUAUUAUUUUAUUAACAAGAAUAAACUUGAUUUGAAUAUGUACCUAUUGUAACAAUUAAAAAUGGAGCAUAUGGAUAUUAUUACAUAUGAAAUAAUACUAUUUCAAUAUAUGGCCUUCUAAAUUUAUUUGGCAACCAAUAAGCUAGAUAAUAAUAUAUGAUUUAGAAUUAUGUAAUGAAAAUUAUAUUAAAAUCUAUCAACACUUGACAGUCACUUUAACAAAUCUGUCGAUAUAUCAGUUGUUUUACCAGGUGCUAUUGAUGAAGUAAACAAUUAACAAAUUUGAGUUAUCAAUUGAAAGAAAAAAAUUGAUCUCAGAUAAUAAUUUUUAAAAUAUCUCAAUUUAUGUGCCAAAAAUCUAUAAUUUUAAGAUUUUGUGUAGAAGAUAAUUUGUAAUAUACCUAAUUGUAUAACUUUCAAAAUGGAAUACCACAAAAUCACUUCAGAAAUAAAUUCAGAAAUUUAUACUCCUCCAGUAUCUAAAUAUAAAAUUUCUGAAACUAAAAUACCAUUCCAAUAUCCUUCAAACUUAUUAAAUCCUGAAGAUAACGAAAUUAAAUAUGAUGAAGAUGGAGAUAUUGUUUUACCUAGAAAUAAAAAAGGAGAACUUGUGAUUGAACAUAAAAUGAAUACAGAACUUCCGUUGGUUGGUCUUCAACUUUGGCGAGGUGCAUUAUUAUUAGCAGAUUAUAUUCUUGCCAAUCUUAAACUUUUUCACAAUCAAAAUAUCUUAGAAUUAGGUUCAGGUGUAGGAUUAACAAGUAUCGUGGCAAGUAUGAUUGCCAAGGAAGUUAUCUGUACUGAUAUUGAUUCAUAUGGAAUAAUAGAAGUUAUAAAAAGAAAUUUUAAACGUAAUAGUAAAUAUGUAAAAGCAAAAGUACAGACAAUGGAGCUCAAUUUUUUGGACACCAAUUGGUCUCCAAGAUUUAUGGAGAGAUUGAACAAAACUUCAAUUAUAUUAGCUGCAGAUGUAAUUUACGAUAAUGAUAUAACUGAGGGUUUCGUUAAUACAUUAGCAAAACUUUUUAAUUCUGAUAAUCGUCGAGUAGCUUUUGUUGCUUUAGAAAAACGUUUUGUUUUUACAAUAAGUGAUUUAGAUUCUGUGGCUCCUAUGUAUGAAGAGUUCAUUUAUUGCAUAAAAAGAAAAAAUUUAAAAUGGAAAAUUGAAAUGUUAAAAACUGAUUUUCCUCAAUAUUUUCAAUACAACAGAGUAUCGCACAUGAUUCUUAUGAAAAUUUAUAUCGAACAAUAA